AUGGGCGGGGUUCCCUCUCGCGAUGCGUGUCCGACUUUUUUCUCUCUUCGCUAUGGGUCGCAUGAAAUCGCACUGAUUCCUUUACUUCGUCGUUACUUUUGUAAUGAAAACAAGGAAUUGCGGAAGCAGUUUGUUCGUAUGCGUAAUGAUCCAAGUGUGCGCUACAAUUUCAUGCGUAGUCCAAAGUAUAACAUGAAGGAACUACCACCAGCGUCGUAUACAGAGAAGGAUCUUGACACAUUUCUUGAAGUUAUUGAGGAAACUCUUUAUGAUUCUUUACAGGAAAUGGUCGAAGAUGAGGAUGCCCCACUGCGUCCUGUGCCUUGUGCUGUUUGUUUUGUCUAUGUGAAUGGUCGAGAGGGGACAGACUGUUUCUUAUUCUAUGGUCGGCGCAUAAAUGUUAUUGGGCAGUUUGGUUGUCACCGGUACGAAGAUAAAAAGGACGACGAACCGUGUCUUUACCUACAAAAAGCCAUUUUAAAGGCUGCGGGAGAUCGUACAUUGGAGAGAGUGGUUACGCUUGCCGCGAUGACACUCAAGGAGGAAUUUUUUCGAGCGGUUACGACAGUUAACAGGGAAGCGAAUGCGAGGGAGAUGUUUUUACGCCGUAUUUCCCGUUUGCCUCUCGUCAGCAGCACGUUUUGGAAUAGCUACCCGGUGCUGAAAUUCCUGUACGACACCGCCGCCUGGUCUUGGAGCGUGGGCAAUGUGCAGGAGCACAAUGAUGCCCC